UAUCCGGCUGGUCUGUAACAAUCGAUCAGCGAGAGGAAGAUGGUGGUGGACGGAGCGAAGCUGCGCUCGAUCGAUCACCGAAAAACUCGAUUGGGUCUGGCGUUGUGAACUGGACUUUUAUCACUUUUCCGUUCCGAGGGUUCGACCAAAGAGGAAGUCAGAAAUAACAGUAGGUUGAUACAGGUUUGGCUGCAAACAUUGAGAUCCAUUUUGUGCGAUGGAGUUUCCCUGGCACAGUGGGAAAGUUCUGGAGCAGCUGAACUGCCAGCGAAAGCAGGGGCUGCUAUGUGACUGCACGUUUGUGGUGGAUGGAGUUGACUUCAAGGCCCAUAAAGCAGUCCUGGCAGCUUGCAGCGCCUACUUCCGCACACUCUUUCUUGACCAGAAUGAUGUUGUGCAUCUGGACAUUAGUAACGCAGCAGGUUUGGGCCAAGUCCUGGAGUUCAUGUACACUGCCAAGCUGAAUUUGAGUUCAGAGAACAUUGAAGAUGUGGCCGCAGUAGCCAACUUCCUCCAAAUGCAGGAGAUUAUAAAUGCUUGUUCUGCAUACCAGUCAAUGGCACAUCCUGAGACCUCUGUGUUAAAUUUGGACUUCAGUCUUGAAAAGACGCCCACGCAAGAAAGCAAGGAGCCCCAACAAGACCAAGACAGUUCAAGAGAAAAUAUUGAGAUUGAAGGUCAGAGUGAUGCCUCAGAGCUUAACAUCAACAAAACAGAGGGUGACGAGGGGAAACCUUUAACUACCCCAAUGGAAAAGAAGCUACCUGUCACAAAGGAGGAGGAUGUUGCAGUACAGGAUGGAACUGAGUUUCAGGAAGACCCCUCUGAUCUUGACUACAUACCAGAAUCACCAGUUAAAGCAGCCAGCUCCUCCUCAUAUAUGAGCUCCCGUGGGAGAAGAAUCCGAAAGCCGCCUCAGCGAAACUUUCCACCUGACAACUCAUCUGAUGAUGAGAGAAAAUCAAAAACCAGUGAGAGGAAAGUGGCAGGGUCUGCUACAGAAGAGGAAAAUGGAGCAGAGGAAUCUGAGGAGGAGGAUGAGGAGGAUGAAGACGAGGUGGCAGCAGACGGGGACAGUGAAAUCAGCCAGCAAGAGGAAGAUUUGAGCUGCAUGCAGGAUGGAAAACAGACUCUACCUGGGUCUAACGGCAGAUCUGAGUCAAAACCAUACAGCUCCAUGACGCACAAAUGUGAGGAUUGUGGUAAAAAAUUUACCCACACCGGUAACUUCAAGAGACACAUGCGUAUUCACACUGGUGAGAAGCCCUUCACAUGUCGAGACUGCAAAAAGGCUUUCUCUGACCCAGCAGCUUGCAAAGCCCAUGAAAAAACCCACAGCCCUCUGAAGCCAUACUGCUGCUCGACGUGUGGGAAAAGCUAUCGGCAGAUCAGUCUGCUCAAUCUGCACCGCAAACGUCACACGGACGAGGCAAGGUUCAGCUGCGAAGUGUGCGGCAAGGUCUUCACAACUUCUGGGAACCUGAAGCGCCACCAGCUGGUUCACAGUGGGGAGAAACCACAUCAGUGCCACUACUGCGACAAGGCUUUCUCAGACCCCACUGCCAAGAUGAGACACCUGGAGACUCAUGACACUGAGAAGGCUAAUAAGUGCCCUCACUGUGAUAAAUACUUCAACCAGCUGGGGAAUCUAAGGGCUCACCUAAAGAUCCACAUUGCAGAUGGGCCUCUCAAGUGUCGGGAAUGUGGCAAACAGUUUACAACUUCAGGUAAUCUGAAGAGACAUUUACGGGUUCACAGUGGCGAAAAACCAUACGUCUGCGUACACUGCCGGAGAGCUUUCAGUGACCCCGGAGCGCUUCAGCGCCACGAACGCAUCCACACUGGAGAGAAACCCUGUGUCUGCCCGACGUGUGGCAAAGCUUUCACCCAGGCCAGUUCUCUCAUUGCGCACGUCCGACAACACACUGGAGAGAAGCCAUAUGUGUGUGAUCGCUGUGGCAAAAGGUUUGUUCAGUCCAGUCAGCUGGCCAAUCACAUCCGACAUCACGACAAUGUCCGUCCUCACAAGUGUCAAAUGUGCAACAAAGCGUUUGUCAAUGUGGGGGAUCUGUCCAAGCACAUCAUCAUUCACACAGGGGAGAAACCAUAUCUGUGUGACAAAUGCGGUCGAGGGUUCAAUAGGGUGGACAAUUUGCGCUCCCACGUCAAGACCGUUCACCAAGGCAAAGCUGGAAUGAAGCGACUUGUGAUCGCUGGGAGCGGUGCGGACGAUGAGCUGGACGUGUGUGCUGAGACAUCCACGUCUGAUAAUGAGAUUAACAUUGUUACCGUUACAACAGAGGACAUUGUUACCCUGGCAACUGAGGCGCUGGCUGCCACCAGUGUCGCGCAGCUCACUGUUGUUCCAGUUGACACUUCGGUGUCUGCAGAUGAUACAGAAGCUCUAAAGGCAGAAAUCGAUAAAGCAGUCGAGAAAGUGCAGGAAGCAGACCCAAACACACAAAUAUUGUAUGCUUGUGAUUCAUGUGGAGAGAAAUUUUUGGAUGCUACUUCCCUGGCCCAGCACGUGCGCAUCCACACAGCACAAGCUUUGGUCAUGUUCCAGGCCGAUUCUGACUUCUACCAGUACACCACAGCCUCCGCCGAAGAGGGGGAUUCUGGAACAACGGAGCAAGUCAUCCAGGAAGGUCAACUGAUCUCCUGUGGCCAAGAGGGCGACAGUGAAAUGGGAGAAGUGGAGGAAGAGGUGCAUUGCAAAACUGAGAAUGAGAUGCAAAUGGAGUCGAAGGCUGAAGCUGUUGAGAAGAAUGCUGUGCAAGAUGAAGAACAGGAUAUGAUUUGUGAGGUUCAAGUGUAGGGGAUAAUAACAUGUCUUGCAUAGUUUUAACUUUAACUUUUGGAAUAGAUGCUGAGAAUCUGCGGUAAUCUUGACACUUACAGAUUAAAAUCAGAUCAUAAGAUGGUUUGGACACUAAUCAUUUAUCCCCAUAUAAUUUGCUCUUUGUUUAAGUUUCUGAAAAUAGUUUAAUGACUGUUUCCUCUGUAAGUUGAUUGAAGUUGACUGAUUUGGUCAACAUUGGGUUAUUGUUUCGAAAUACCUUUUCAGUUGGUGUCAUGAGGAGUAUUUCCCCCUCGUUGUUCUGCACUUUCUAUUCAUUGUGAAAAGAAAAAAAUAGAUAAAUGUGUGACUUUGUAAUAUAGUCUAUAUUACACUUGUUCAUGGAGAAAAGUUUUGUGUCAUGCCUCGGACAGUUUAUGUAUAUACGUCCUUAUUAAAAAAGAUUUACUAUUGUCACCGCAGAUGUGCUGUACUCCAUGACGAAAAAAAGUAAAUA